AUGUUCAACCAAUACAUGCAAAAGACAGACAAGGUAUUCCAGCAGAUUGAUACUAACUUUCAAAAUCAGCAAGCAUCCAUCAAGAAAUCGAAAACUCAAAUUGGACAGUUAGCUCAACAGCUUGCAGAACAUCCACAAGGGACAUUGCCAGGUAACACAAUGGUCAAUCCAAAAAAGCAUGUGCAAGCUAUUACAACUAGAAGUGUGGUGCAACUUCCAGAGAUACAUGUGAAAAGACCAGGCAGAAAAGACAAAGAAGUAAUGGGUGAAAAGGUUGGGACAGAAGCAGAGUCUAAACAAUCAACUAAUGAGGUGGAUAAAAGGAAAGAAACACCCACAGUGAGAGCACCUAGCCCCGUGAAAGUUUACGUGCCACCAAUUUCCUUCCCUGAAAGGUUACAGAGAAAGAAGUUGGACGAGCAGUUUGCCAAGUUUGUGGAGAUUUUCAAUAAACUGCACAUCAACAUUCUGUUUGCAGAUGCAAUUACCCAAAUGCCCAGCUAUGCUAAAUUCUUGAAUGACAUCCUGUCUAACAAAAGGAAGCUGGAAGAACAUGAGACAGUCUGCCUGAACGAGAAGUGCAGUGCAAUUCUAUUGAAAAAGCUACCUCCUAAACUAAAAGACCCUAGGAGUUUCACGAUACCUUGCACAAUUGAUUUUAAUUAUUUUGAACAUUCUUUAUGUGAUUUAGGUGUCAAUGUUAAUUUGAUGCCCCUCUCUGUUUAUAGGUCUCUUGGAUUGGGAGAAGCGAAAUCUAUAACAAUCUCAUUACAACUGGCUGAUAGAUCAAUCAAACGAUCGAAGGGGAUUAUUGAAGAUGUGCUAGUGAAAGUUGAUAAAUUCAUUUUUCCGGCUAACUUCAUCGUUUUGGACAUGGAGGAAGAUUCAAACAUCUCUCUAAUCUUGGGAAGACCCUUCUUGGCUAUCGAAAGAGCGCUGAUUGAUGUUUACGAUGGAAAGAUGAUUCUUCGGGUGGACAAUGAGUAA